GCACAAGUCAAAAUUUCAUGUUUGUCAAAUUUUGAUCUUUACAAGGAGUUGCUUUAAGAAAUUGCUUAUUUUUUGCCCCUCUAGCAAUUCCUAUGCAGUUCGAAGAAGAUGAAGAUAUAGAGACUAAUGAACAUUUCCAAACAGUUGAACAGAUAAGCCAGUAUAACAGUGAAAUUAUGGACAAUAUUCAAACUGAACAUACCAGUGAAGUAACAGAAAGAACUGUUACUGUCAUUGAAGGAGAAGAUUUAGAGUUUGAAACUAUAGAGGGCAGUGUAGAUGAUGACCAGGAAACACUGAGAAGUGUUAUUACCGGUUUCUUAUCCAGUACAGAUGAUAGGGAGAACACUGUAUCAAACACUACAGGUGCUAAUCAGUACAAGUCAUCAGAAUCAGAAUCUAGUCAGUCCAUCCUAACUGCUACAACUGAAACUAUUACAACCAGGAGUCAACAUAUAACUGAAUAUGACAUAGAGUAUAGUCAGAGUACAAAAUCAGCUGAAAACAGAGAAUUGGCUGACUCUGAUAAGAGAUCAGAACUGGAUGUUAUUAUUAGAGGGCGUGAUGAGAAUUUGCGGGAUGUUGUCACUAGCAUCCUAAUGCAGCGAGACAAUGAGACUUUCAUUCAUCAACAAGCUGAUACAAUGUCCAAAGAGAUAAUAGACAAAGCUAUUCAUGAUGUCACUCUUCUAACUCCCAAAGAUGAACUAGAUAAUAUGGAUGAACUAAUAGUUGAGCUAGGACUUGCAACACAAAAGGAGACAUCAGCAUUUAGAACACUGCUUGAAAACCUAACUCUGUCUGAGGGCUCUGAUGCUUACUUCACAUGUGAGACCAUGGAGCCUGAUACAGAUGUUGAAUGGUAUAUCAGUGGCAUAGAAAUAGAGACAAGUAAAAAGUAUGAAAUUCAAGUUGAAGACACUAUUCAUACAUUGAUUAUCAAAGACAUUACUGCUGAUGAUUCUGGGGAAGUAACAGCCAAAUGUGGAAACCAAACCUCAACUGCAUAUUUAUAUGUAGAAGGUAGGACUCCAUAUAGGAAAUCUCGUAAUGUUUUAUACUUUAAGCUGUAAAUAAUUCUGUACAUUCGUAGAUUUUCUAGUUUUAAAGAUUAUGGGAAUAAAUGCUUCUGCAUCCGAA